AUGAAAUACGGGCGGCCCGAUUCGGGGUUCAUGAAAUGGAGGUGGAGGCCCGACGGGUGCGAGUUGCCCGUCUUCAACCCGUUUCAGUUUCUGGACAUUGCGAGGGAUAAGUCGUUGGCAUUCGUUGGUGACUCUGUGGGAAGGAACCAAAUGCAGUCAAUGAUUUGUCUCUUGUCAAGAGUGGAAUACCCCAUCGACGUGUCCUCGACCACCGAUGAACACUUCAAAAAGUGGCGGUACGACAACUACAACUUCACAAUGGCCUACUUUUGGUCUCCCUUCCUCGUCCGGUCCAACGAGCGCGACCCGGACGGCCCAACCGGAACUGGCCUUUUCAACCUCUACCUGGACGAACCGGACGAGUCCUGGGCCGCCCAAAUCCACCCCUUCGACUACGUCAUCCUCAACGCCGGCCACUGGAUGGCCCGAACCGCAGUCUACCACGAACGUCGCCGUGUCGUCGGCUGCCGCUACUGCCAGAUCUCCGGAUUCACCGACCUCCCCGUAACCUACGGCUACCGCCGGGUUCUCCGGACGACAUUCAGAUCCCUAAUCGAGCAGGAGAGCUACAGGGGGGUCACGUUUCUACGCACCUUCGCACCGUCGCACUUCGAGAAUGGGCCAUGGAAUGCCGGCGGAGACUGCGUACGGCGGCAGCCGUGGCGGAGCAGCGAGGCGGCGCUGCAGGGCCUGGACAUGGAGAUGUACAUGACGCAGGUGGAGGAGUUUAGGGCCGCCCAAAAGUUGGGGAAAGGUAGGAGGUUUAGGUUGUUGGACACGACCCAAGCGAUGCUGCUUAGGCCCGAUGGCCACCCCAGUAGAUAUGGGCACUGGCCCAAUCAAAAUGUCACCUUGUAUAAUGACUGUGUCCAUUGGUGCCUGCCUGGGCCGAUUGAUUCUUGGGCUGACUUCUUGCUGCACUUCAUCAAGAUGGAGGCACGGACGUGGUACAAUGAGAGGCAUCAUCAGCGAGACAAGAAGAUGAAAAUGCACUAA